AUGGAGUCAAUGAAGAUGAAGCUUAUGGUGGUGUUGACGGUGGCUAUUGUGGCUUUCUCAGCCGUAGGAAAUGUGGCGGCUCAGACAACAGAGUCUCCAGCUCCAAGUCCUACUUCCGAUGCUGCUGCUAUGUUCGUCCCAGCAUUGUUUGCAUCUGUUGCUGCUUUGGCAUCUGGGUUUCUCUUCUAAACCAAUCUCUACAUACCAUAUAGAGUUAUUGUUUGCUACUUCUUUUCUCUUUUCUUCUGUUUAUUUUGUUAUCGCAUGAGCUUUUUGUUAUUGUUUCUAAUAUUUGGACUACUAUAUAUUAUAUAUUUUUAAUUUAAA